GACGAAACAAAAGACGUCAAGCUUCCUCCUAGGUUACCAUCAUGACAUGAACAUUUUGAGUGCAAGACACCUUUACAGAAGACCUUGUAUUUACAGACAUCUGAUAAGCACUAGGCAAUAGCAUCAAAAUGCCCAACAAAAAUAAACCAAAAGAUGAAAAGAUUUCCAGUGAACCACCAAUGGGGGAAGAGUUGUAUACUGGAUACUUGCACAAGUCCCCUUUUCUUUCUACCUUCUCAAAAGGCAUGAAAUCAUGGAAGCGACGUUUCUUUGUACUUUCUAAAACGGGCGAGGACACCUAUCAUCUGGCAUACUUCAGAAACGAUGAAAAGAAGGGGAAGUCUGUGGGAGAGAUUGACCUUUCAAAGGUCAGUUUGAUUUGUACAUGCCCCGAGAAACAUCAGAUGUGGGACUGGAUCCAGGAAAACUUCAAGUGUUCAUCUGCUUCUGUGCUGUUUCUGAGGGUGGAAGACUUCAUGCCAAAAUCUGCAAGAGACUAUUUUCUCAUUGGAGAAAACAGUGAGGAGGUGAAUGGAUGGCUUAAUGAGUUACUAAAAGUUUUGAAUACUCAAACAUCAGAAAAUAAAGUGCAAGUAACAAAUGACAGUCUUCAACAGGAGAACAGAUAUAGAUCAAUAUCUGCACCAACACCCAACUCUCAAGAUUGUGAUGAAGAGUUGAGUCAUACCGAACAGCACCUGUCUGAUCAGUCUGAAUCUCGAUGUAUAUUCACUUCCCAGCCACUGGGCGACAUUCCUCGCAAGUUAAGUGAUAUAACACUUAGUGAUGAUGACACUGAUGAUUUAGAGGAAGAGCCAGAAACUCCAGAGGACAACAGCGAUUACAUGCGUAUGGGAUCAGUCCUCAUGGUGUUGAAACAGGAAGAGGAUGCUUGCCUUCAGACAAAUGAAACCAUUGAUGUUGUUGAGUCCAGCCAAGAUUUGUGUGACGCUGCAGGCAACCAGGACCAGGACACUUCAAUGCAACGAAACAGCGCAGAGCUGAGGUGUUCGAAGGACUCUCUUUCAGAAAUGAAUGGAAAUUGUGUCUCGACUGAGAUGAAUAAAGGACUUCUGAAAAAAAGUGAAACACCAACACUUGUUGAGAAGGAGAUCAGCAUUACAAGAAAUGAUCUGGAUACAAGUUUGAUCUUCACAGAGGAACAAGGAAAACUAUGUGUGUCUGAAUGUAAGCAGACUGAGAGGUCACAUUUGUUCCAUAAGGGAGAUCAGAUCCUGGCCUUCAAUGACCUGCUGAUAGACUCAGUGGAGGAGAUACAGAUAUUCACAAGAAGGCUUAGCAAGGAUGAGGCAAAACUGACUGUUCUACGACAGCCGGGAUCCCAGCCUUUCCACGACGAAUCCUUUUUGUCACAUUCAUGAUGUGAAACAAAAUGACAAGUUUCCUGUUCAUUAGAAUUGUGUAUUAAGUUCAUUGGGACUACACUGCAAAAACUGCACUGUGAUACAACAACACAGUUUGUAAUAUGUAUGAACAUUUAUUGAUUUUUAAAUGUUACUGAUGUGCAGAAAUGAGUUACAUGACUGUAUAUACUGUACAGUAUAGACACUGGUGAUGGGUAUAUACUGUAUGUGUAAAAAAAACAUGAAGGUUAAUCGUUUCUGAAGGUUUUGUAACUUCUUUAAAGCAGCACUUUUUAUUUCUAUACAGAAGACACUUUAAUUUACCAUUUGUAAACAACUUCACUGCCAUUCUGUGUUCUGUAUUGCCCACAAUCAUCUCUAAUGUUUAUGUGAAAAAUGUGUAACAUUGUUAUAUUGUAAAGUGUUAUUAAAUUUUCAAAAAGCUGAUUGUUUUAUUGUAUCUUAAAAUCGGUUCGGGGUAGCAGGUACUUUUAUUUAAUGUAUAUAACAUUUCCAGCAGCAGGUAACCUAUAUAAAACACCUCUUAAGUACCUGACAGGACCACCACCUUGACACAUAAACCUGUGCAAUUUGAAAAAUGCAAAAGCCAUACACGGUAUUGUGUUCCCCAGUGCAUGAAAAACAGGCCCAAACAAUCUUUCAUCCCCCAAGCAAUUCAUCUCUUAAAUUCUUCUUUUUAACAUUAAAUGCUGAUCAGCUGGUCUGAUAUUUUAAAAUUUGUCUUUUAUUGUUUAUAUAUGUCAACUGUGAUUGUUAAAUGUCUGUGUGAGUGUGUUGCAAACUUACUU